AUGCCUUUUUUGUGUGGAACUCAGCCAAGGUUUCCAGUGGAAGGAGGAGAUUCUUCAGUAGGACUGGAACCUGGGCUCAGCUCUAGUGCUGCCUGUAAUGGGAAAGAGACUUCACCAACCAGGCAGCUCCGAAGAUGCCCUGGAAGUCAUUGCUUGACAAUAACUGAUGUUCCCAUCACUGUCUAUGCAACAAUGCGAAAGCCAGCUGCACAAAGCAGCAAGGAAAUGCACCCUAAAUAG